AUGCAAAAUAAUGAUUUUAUCGAAAAAUCUGAUGAAAAAACUCAAGAUACGUUCAAGACCAUUGUAGUCGAUGAUAAAGAAGACUGGAAAUGGCCAUGCUUUGAAGAAUUUUAUAAUGAGUGGACUGAUAAAAUGGAACGCAAAGUAAUGAUUGAAAGUAUUAACAUUGAUCCCUUUGUGGUCAUUUAUCCGCGCGAUGGCAAUCCCUAUGUUGAACUAAGCUCCCAAUUCUUGAUAAAAAUCUUGAGAAACGUCCUUCCUAAAUUUAAUAAAAAACUUGAGGAUAACGAUAACGAUAAACCUACUAUCAAUGCUCGAGAUUUAUUUCAUGCUCUGGAAAAGUUAAGAGAUGCUGUUA